AUGGCCGAAGGGAUUGACACUUUGCAAUCCCUGUACUCACGCUCGGGGGAACGGGUCUUUUUUCCGACGGCCCUUCUUCGAACGCAGCGGGUGUGUCUCGUCACACUGCUCGACGAGACCCAGGACCUCAAAAAAACAGCUGAGCACGAGGAUCCCAGCUGUCCCACGCCGGUGGAUAGCCACGCCAGCGGACAAGGUAUUUCGUCCGGACGCCAUUCACAUUGCGGUGGUUCAAAGUGCGCUCCACUAGGAAGCGUUAACCACCGCUUGAGUCCACCAAAGGAUGUGAUGGCGGUGGGAACACCUGAUCCGGCUCAAGUGUCGGAUCAGCUUGAUGUUCAAGAGCUAAACCGUGUAACGAUACCGUUGAAGAAUACCUAG